AUGCCUCUGGGAACGUUCCUCGUUCCUGUUCUCUGCUUCUUGGGAGCAGCAAUUCCACGGGGACUGCAGUAUGUCACCUUCUCACGCAAUACUACGAAAUUCCUCCACCUGUCUAUGGACUUGGAAUCUGGGACCAUUUACUUGGGGGCCACCAACUUUCUCUUUCAGCUGACAUCUGAUCUGCUGAUGAAGAGCAUGGCUCAGACUGGACCAGUACUGGACAGUAAAGAUUGCCUCCCCCCAGUCUCAAAGAUGGAGUGCCCUCAGGCACACCACACCGACAAUCACAACAAGCUGCUGCUGGUGAAUGCGGUGCAGAAGGAGCUCGUUGUGUGUGGCAGUGUGCACCAGGGAAUCUGUGAGAAGAGGAGCCUCACGUCCAUCGACCAUGUACUCUUCCGACCAGAGAGCCCUGGUGACACUCAGUAUGUUGCUGCCAAUGAUCCCAAUAUCACCACUGUGGGACUCAUAGCCUACUCAAAGGAUGAGGUCCCCUUGCUGUUUGUGGGACGAGGGUACACUAGCCGAGGGGUUGGAGGAGGGAUUCCUCCCAUCACUACCCGAAAUCUCAGGGCCCAUGGAGGGGAUGUUCAAGCAGCAGACUCUCACUCCAUUUUCUCCUAUGAAGAAACAGCAAAACUGGCUGUGGGCCGGCUCUCUGAGUACAACCACCAUUUCAUUAAAUCCUUCACUUACCGCUCAAGCGUCUAUUUCCUAUUCUACCGUCGGGACCUCAAGUCUCAGUCACGUGAAUACAAGACCUACAUCUCGCGAAUCUGCCUGGAUGACUCUCAUUAUUACUCGUAUGUGGAGUUACCUCUGCUUUGCCAGAGCAAAGCCAAUACAUACAGCCUCCUGCAAGCAGCUUAUGUCACCCGGCCAGGAGAAGACCUGUCCCAGGGGCAGCUGGACACCGAGGGGGAAGUGCUGUUUGCAGCCUUCUCUGCCUGGCAGACGACUUCUGGCAAACUGAGCGAGGAGUCUGCACUCUGUGUCUAUGCAAUGGAGGAGGUGGAUCGCCUAACCAACUGGACUAGGGAUGUUUGCUACAUGAGAGAUGGGAAGUCAGAAGAAGGGAUGGAAGUGGCAUAUAUUGAAUAUGAUGUCAGUUCCAACUGUGUCCAGCUGCCAGCGGACACCCUGUAUGCAUACCCCUGUGGCUCUGACCACACUCCCAGCCCUAUGGCCAGCCGGGUACCCUUGGAAGCAGCCCCCCUCCUGGAGAAAACAGAGGCCCGUCUGACAGCCGUGGCAGUGAAUGUGGAAGAUGGCCACACCAUUGCUUUUCUGGGAGACAGCAGAGGGAGACUGCACAAGGUGUACUUAGGAGCAAUGGGAGAUGCACGUAUAUACGCUUCUUUAGCUAUCCAGUUAAACAGCAUGGUGAGUGGAGACCUACUGUUUGACCAGUUGCAGGAGCACCUCUUUGUCAUGACCCAAUCAAUGGUGGUCAAGGUUCCCAUACUGGAAUGUUCCCUGUACUUGGACUGUGAAUCUUGUCUGGCGCUGAAUGAUCCCUACUGUGGCUGGUGUGUCCUUCAGGGACGGUGCAGCCGUCACUCUGAGUGCUUGCGGUCCAGGUUGAGUGAGCAGUGGCUCUGGAGCUUUAACUCUACACAGCAGUGUCUGUCUGUCCAGUCACUAACUCCAGCCAACAUCAGCAGAGAAGAAAAGAGAAAUAUAUUCCUGGCUAUCUCAGACUUACCUUCUCUCCGUGAGGAAGAUUUUUACUCAUGUUACUUUGAAGAUUAUGAAAGCCCAGCAGUUCUGACAGAGUCAGGCAUCAUGUGUCCUUCUCCAGAUCCCAGCCAAGCACCAACUUUGCCAACAGGAGCAGAUCAUGUCACCAUAAAGCUCGUUGUGCGUUUCCAUGACAUCUUCAUUGCUUCUGUGGACUUCUCUUUCUAUGACUGUGCUGCAGUGGCCCUGCUGUGGAAAUCGGCACCGUGCCAGAAGUGUGUGAGCAGUCUCUGGGGAUGUAACUGGUGCAUCCAGCAGCACCUCUGCACCCACAAAGCAGCCUGUGAGGAAGGAACCAUUAUCUACAACGAAAGGGCCCAGAUCCCAACCUCAAGUGUGUUUCCUUCUUCAGCAGCUCCCCUCACCAAGUCCUCUACCACAGCCCCAACCGCAGCCACAAAACCCGUCACUCCCCCCAUGCGUGUGGUACCAAGCACUGUGCCCCCGACAGAGCCCAACCACGUCACGCUCUCCACAGCCUCGGAUACAACAACUGAGCCUACAGAAACCCUCAGCUAUACCCUCAGCUAUACGGACUUGACUCUCUCAACUGAAGCAGCUUCUCUCCAGGCCAUCACAGAAUCCCCUCUACCACCACCAGCAGACAAACCUGCUGUCACUGUGCCAGAGACAACUUCUCCUGCUGCAACUGUCCUCACCAGCCCAUCCAAAAACGUGGAUCAUGCAGCCUUGCCUACUGAAGGGCCAGCCACUGCCCAGGAGCCACAGCAUACCAACCCAUCUACCACCCUAGCGGGUAGCCCUCUGCACACAUCUGCAGCAGCAGUAACACCUUCCCCUCAUGUCACCAGUUUGAAGUGGCCUCUGAGUUCUUUUCCUACCACAGAGGCACUGACAUCUGCCAUCCCAUCUCCCCAAACCCCCAGCCAGGUGCCAGGGGGCCCUGCUGCCUCUGAUGACUCUCCCGGAUUGCUGGGAACUGAACUACCUGCUUCUGAGCUCCCACCAUCAGCUCCCCCAGACUGGCUGCUGGAAGAAGGCAUGGAGCUUCAGGACACAGAGGACUGGAUGGAUUUGCUGCAGGCUGAGAAUGACACAUCUCCCUUCUCUGCUUCUACUCUUCUGUCGGGUGAUGGCGAUUCUUCAGAGAGGGAUGUCCCUGACUUUCCCAGGAUCCUCCACCCUGACCUUGACUAUCAGUAUGAUGCCCCUGAGUUUUGGGAGGAGAAUGAAGAGCUUAGCUGGGGUCCAGAUGCAUGUCCCUGUGUGCAGGGAAUCCAGGGCUCUUCGCUGUUUCCAGUCAAUGUGGCAAGGAAGAUAACCCUGCUGGGAAAGAAUUUCCACCUCUAUCAGGACCAGCAGUGGGACUAUGAGUGUGUCCUGAAUUUGGAGGGGAGGACAGUGGUGAUGGAUGCUUAUGUGGAGGGAGAAGAAACAAACCAGUCCCUCUGUUAUAUCACCUGCCAGAUGAACCAGUACAGUUACACAGCGCCUCAACUCGAAUUCAAUGCUGUGGUGUUUGUGCAGAGGCGACGACACCUUCGAGUGGACAGUGCUGCAGAUCUUCAUGUGACUUUUUACAACUGCUCUGUGGGACACACUGAUUGUAGCCGCUGCCAAACAGCUGACUCAAAGUACAACUGUGUGUGGUGUGGAGGUGACAACCCCAGCUGUAUCUUCAGAGGCUCCUGCAAGGAAGAGAUAGAAGACCUGUGUCCAGCACCUCUCAUUCACUCUGUGUACCCCCUGUCUGGACCAGUGGAGGGUGGCACUAGAAUCACCAUCACUGGCUCAAACCUCGGGCAGAAACAUCAAGACAUUGCAGAAACUGUCACUGUUGCAGGAAUUCCCUGUGCCGUAGAUGCUCAAGAGUAUGAGAUCUCUAGCAGUAUUGUAUGCGUCACUGGCGGGAGCUGGACAGAGAGAUUUGGGCACGUUGUGGUGGAAGUGCCUGGAGGAGGACGUGGAGUUUCUGGGCAUAUUUUCACCUAUCAGAACCCAGAGCUGAAAUCCAUUGUUCCGACUCAGGGUCCCAAAGCAGGAGGAACCUGCCUUACCCUUCUGGGCUCAAAGCUGCUGACUGGGCAUCCUAGUGAGAUCAGUGUCCUGCUUGGAGACCUCCCUUGCCACAUCCUCUCUGAGAUGACGGAGGAUCAGUUGGCAUGCCAGACGAGUCCCAGCAAUGUGUCUGCAGAACUCCCAGUCACUAUCAAAUAUGGGGACCAAGAGCGGAGACUGGAAGGAUCCCUCUUCAGAUAUACUCUGGAUCCCAACAUCACUUUUGCAGAGCCACCUAAAAGCUUCCUCAGUGGAGGGAGGGUGCUCAGAGUUCAUGGAUACAACUUGGAUGUUGUACAGAAGCCGAAAAUCCGAGUUACAGUUUCUCCAUCUGAACGCCGGCGCCGAGGACUGGGACGAUGGCGCAGAAUCAUCCCAGACACCGAGUGCCCCAAGGACGCUCUGUGCAGUGUCCAGCAGUUUGAAGAACCAUGUCUUGUUAACUCCUCCUACCUGAUCCUGUGCAAAACUCCAGCCAUUAACCUGCUGUUGCGGAGUGUCCAUAUCAAACUGGAAUUUAUUCUGGAUAAUCUGAGCUUUGAUUUCAACUCAUUGCAUCCCAUGCCCUUCUCUUACGAAGUCAACCCCAUCCUAAAACCAUUGAAUGCUGAAGACCCUGCCAAACCAUAUCGUCACAAGCCAGGAAGCGUCAUCUCUGUGGAGGGGGAAAAUCUAGAUCUAGCUAUUUCUAAGGAUGAAGUUAUGGCUAUGAUUGGGGAAGGAAUCUGUGUGGUGAAGACACUAACAAGGAAUCAUCUUUACUGUGAGCCUCCCUCUGAGCAGCCAGCUCCACGGCACCGCACGAAGCGGGAGGGCACAGACUUGCUCCCAGAGUUCACGGUACAGAUGGGAAACCUGAACUUCCUCCUGGGCCGAGUGCAGUAUGACACAGAAAGCCAGCUCACCUUCCCACUGGAGGCACAAAUUGGUUUGGGUGUUGGUGCAUCUUUUGUGGCACUGAUUGUUCUGGUCAUCGUCUUCAUAUACAGGAGGAAAAGCAAACAGGCUCUGAGGGAUUACAAGAAAGUUCAAAUCCAGCUGGAAAAUCUGGAAACAAGUGUUCGGGACAGAUGUAAAAAGGAAUUCACAGACCUGAUGACUGAGAUGAUGGACCUCACAAGUGACCUUGUGGGCACAGGAAUCCCUUUCUUGGACUACAAGUCCUAUGCAGAGCGCAUCUUCUUCCCGGGCCACCGUGAGUCACCACUGCAAAGAGACCUGGACAUCCCUGAGUGCCGGCGGCAAACCGUGGAGCAGGGCUUAGUCCAGCUCUCCAACCUGCUCAACAGCAAGCUCUUCCUCACCAAGUUCAUCCACACUCUGGAAAUCCAGCGCACUUUCUCUCCAAGAGACCGGGCCUAUGUGGCAUCAUUGCUCACUGUGUCGCUGCAUGGGAAGCUGGAGUACUUCACUGACAUCCUCAAAACACUCCUGAAUGACCUUGUGGAGCAGUAUGUGGCCAAGAACCCCAAGCUGAUGCUGCGGAGGACAGAAACAGUGGUAGAGAAGCUGUUAACCAACUGGAUGUCCAUCUGCCUGUACGCAUUUGUGAGGGAUUCUGUUGGGGAGCCCCUUUACAUGCUGUUUCGAGGAAUCAAGCACCAGGUGGACAAAGGGCCAGUCGACUGGGUGACAGGGAAAGCCAAAUAUACCCUGAAUGACAACCGCCUUUUGAGAGAGGACCUGGAGUACCGGACUCUGACCUUAAAUGCUUUGACACAAGCAGGAGUCGCUGCAGGAGGGGCAGAGGACUCCCAAGGGAUUUCUGCAAAAGUGCUGGACUGUGAUACCAUAACACAGGUGAAGGAGAAAAUCCUAGAUCAGAUCUAUAAAGGGACGCCAUACUGUCACCGACCAGACCCAGACACCCUGGACCUCGAGUGGAGAUCGGGGCUGGCAGGUCAUCUGAUACUGUCCGAUGAGGAUGUGACAUCUGUUGUUCAAGGAACUUGGAAACGCCUGAACACUCUUCAGCAUUACAAGGUGCCUGAUGGAGCAACAGUAGCACUGGUCCCACGCCUGACCAAGCACAUCCAUAGGGAGAAUCAGGAUUACAUCCCAGGAGAGAAAACACCAAUGCUGGAGGAUGCAGAUGAAGGCGGGAUCAAACUUUGGCACCUGGUAAAACCAACAGAAGAGCCAGAGCUUCCCAAGCAUCGGCGUGGGAGCUUAAGAGAUCGGGAGCGAGCCAAGGCAAUCCCAGAGAUCUAUCUGACACGUCUACUCUCAAUGAAGGGCACUCUGCAGAAGUUUGUGGAUGACUUGUUCCAGGUGAUCCUCAGUACCAACCGCCCUGUCCCUCUGGCAGUCAAAUACUUCUUUGACCUGUUGGAUGAGCAGGCAAUACACUAUGGGAUUGCAGACCCUGAGACCAUCCACAUCUGGAAGACAAACAGCCUGCCCCUGCGGUUCUGGAUCAACAUCAUCAAGAAUCCACAGUUUGUUUUUGAUGUGCAGACGUCAGAUAACGUAGAUGCUGUGCUCCUGGUCAUUGCGCAGACCUUCAUGGACUCCUGUACGAUAGCUGACCAUAAGUUAGGGCGGGACUCGCCAAUCAAUAAGCUGCUCUAUGCCCGGGACAUUCCUCGCUACAAGCAGAUGGUGGAAAGGUAUUAUGCGGACAUUCGUCAGACCAUCUCUGCCAGUGACCAGGAGAUGAACUCUGCCCUGGCUGAGCUAUCGCGGAAUUACUCAGGUGACCUCAAUUCCCUGGUGGCUCUACAUGAAUUGUACAAGUACAUAAAUAAGUACUAUGACCAGAUCAUUACUGCUUUGGAAGAAGACCCAACGGCACAGAAGAUGCAGCUCGGGUAUAGACUACAACAGAUUGCAGCAGCUGUGGAGAAUAAAGUCACAGAUUUGUGACAGGCACAGACAGACUGAUCUGGGGACAGUGCUCGUCCUAGCUAUACACAGGGUGUCCUGCUGCCAUUGGAACCAGACUCUCCAAGGAACCCGCAGGUGACAUGAACAGGGAUGGCCAAGGCAGUACAAAGUACAAGCGUCCUUGCAUCUCAGAGAAUAUUUUUUUACAGUUUUUUCUUUUUAAAAGCAAAACAAACA